CAAUAUAAACGUGCCCUCGUCGCCAAUUCACCAUUACAAUCCAUCGUCCCCUACUACUCAUCGACCACGAUGGCGCGUGCGGCAAUGGCUAUCUCCUCCGGCGCGGCGGGCCCGGCCUCGGUGGCGCCGCGCCGCCGCAGGUCGACGGUGCUCCUGAUGGCCAACUACGCGGCGCUGCUGGUCGGGUCGGUGGCGUCGAGCCUGCUGUCCCGGUUCUACUUCGACCACGGCGGCAAGAACAAGUGGGUGGUCACGCUGGUGCAGUCUGCGGGGUUCCCGACCCUGGUGGUCGCCGUGUUCCUCGCCGGCCGCCCCCGCCCCGCCUCCGCGCCGCGGCCAUUCAUGUGGUUCUCGCGCCGGUUCCUGGCCGUGUGCCUGGUCAUCGGCGCGCUCAUGGGCGUCAGCAACCUGCUCUUCGCCUACAGCACGUCGCUCCUGCCGGUGUCCACUUCGUCGCUGCUGCUGUCCAUGCAGCUCGCCUUCACGCUCGUCCUCGCCGUCGUCAUCGUCCGCCACCCACUCACCUUCAACAACCUCAACGCGGUCGUCCUCAUGACGCUCUGCUCCGUGCUCCUCGCGCUCCGGUCAGGGGACGCCGGCGAGAGCCCGAACCGGAGGGGGUACAUCAUCGGCUACAUCGUCACGCUUUGCGCGGCGGGGCUCUUCUCGGCGUACCUCCCCGUCAUGGAGCUUGUGUACCGGGAGGCGGUCUCCGGCGGGUUCAUCCUCGCGGUGGAGGUGCAGGCGGUGAUGCAGGCUAUGGCUUCCGUGGAGGCAGCGGUGGGGCUGGCGGUUUCGCGCGGCUUCAGCGACGACGUGGCCCACUGGAAGGGGUCGCACGCCGUGUACUGGGUCGUGGUGGCGACGCUGGUGGUGACGUGGCAGGCGUGCUUCAUGGGCACCGCCGGCGUGAUCUACCUGACGUCGUCGCUGCACAGCGGCGUGUGCAUGGCGGCGGUGCUCACGGCCAACGUGAUCGGCGGCGUCGUGGUGUUUGGCGACCCGUUCGGCCCCGAGAAGGCCGUCGCCACCGCGCUCUGCGUCUGGGGCCUCUCCUCGUACCUCUACGGCGAGUACACCAAGAGCAAGAAGAAAGCCGCCGAUGGUCAGGACGAUGGCACUACCCUCCCCAGCGCCGGCGACGACGGCGAGAGCGUGCACAAGAGCCUCACGGCCGCCGCCUCCGGCGAGACCGUUUGAACCAAACGAGGCAGUGCCGGCCACAGGGGGUACGCACGAACCAUGUGAACGAUAGCAAUGGAUGCUAAAAAUGUCUUGGUGUGUAGUACCCCGAGAAAGCAAAGUGGCAGCAUAGAUGAUGCAUUAGGUGUAGACGUGUCGUGUUGCAUCUAUUAGGCAAUGUGUUAUAUUUACAGCUCACAAAAUGACAAGGAUGGAUGCUUGUUUGGUGGCACUGCCUUGUGAGUUUCUCUUCACGGUUAUUCGCAAAAAAAGAAAAAAGUUCUCUUCAGAGUUUAGCAGAGCAUGGAUGCAUGCAUAUGUUGCACGGGCGUGCCAAAAACUUGCACAUUAAUGUAGUACCAUCAAGGCAUCAGCAGGGACUUGUGUUUUUGGUCAA